AUGGGGCUGCCGCUAGUCCGCCUGGUGGCCGUCUGCCUGGCCCUGAGCUCCUCUGGGGGUGCAGAGCUCCAGAGAGAGGGCAGGACCCGGAACCACGGCCACAGCGUCUGCAGCACUUGGGGCAACUUCCACUACAAGACCUUCGACGGGGACGUCUUCCGCUUCCCGGGCCUGUGUGACUACAACUUCGCGUCCGACUGCAGGGUCGCCUACAAGGAGUUCGCAGUGCACCUGAAGCGGGGCUCGGGCAGCACCGGGGGGCACCCCCAGCUCGAGCACAUCCUGCUGAACAUCGGGGACGACACCAUCUACCUCACCCGCCAUCUGGCUGUGGUCAACGGGGCCACGGUCAGCACCCCGCACUACAGCUCUGGGCUGCUCAUUGAGAAGAGCGACGCCUACACCAAGGUCUACUCCCGCGCUGGACUUACCCUCAUGUGGAACCGGGAGGACUCACUCAUGCUAGAACUGGACAGUAAGUUCCGGAACCACACGUGUGGCCUCUGCGGGGACUACAAUGGCCUGCAGACCUACUCCGAGUUCCUGUCUGAGGGCGUGCUCUUCAGUGCCCUCGAGUUUGGGAACAUGCAGAAGAUCCACAAGCCCGAGGUGGAGUGCGAUGACCCCGAGGAGACGCCGGCCCUCGAGUCCUGCUCUGAGCACCGCGCUGAGUGCGAGAAGCUGCUGACAGCCGCGGCCUUCGAGGACUGCCUGGGCCUUGUGCCGCUGGAGCCCUACGUGCAGGCGUGCGUGCGGGACCGCUGCGGGUGCCCGGCGGGCUCCUCCUGCACCUGCAGCACCCUCGCUGAGUUCUCCCGCCAGUGCUCCCAUGCGGGCGGGCAGCCCCGCAACUGGAGGACCGCCGAGCUCUGCCCCAAGAGCUGCCCCGGGAACAUGGUUUACCUGGAGAGCGGCUCGCCCUGCAUGGACACCUGCUCACACCUGGAGGUCAGCAGCCUGUGUGAGGAGCACCGCAUGGACGGCUGUUUCUGCCCAGAAGGCACCGUGUACGAUGAUAUCGCAGGCCUCGGCUGCGUCCCCGUGAGCCAGUGCCACUGCAAGCUCCACGGGCACCUGCACUCACCUGGCCAGCGCAUUAGCAGCGACUGCGAGGAGUGCAUCUGCACCGCCGGCCGCUGGGUGUGCGAAGACCUGGCGUGCCCAGGCACCUGUGCCCUGGAGGGCGGCUCCCACAUCACCACCUUCGAUGGGAAGAAGUACACCUUCCACGGGGACUGCUACUAUGUGCUGAUCAAGGGCGACCACAACGACUCCUAUGCCCUCCUGGGCGAGCUGGCCCCCUGCGGCUCCACGGACCAGCAGACCUGCCUGAAGACAGUGGUGCUGCUGGCCGACAGCAGGAAGAACGUGGUGGCCUUCAAGUCGGACGGCAGCGUCCUGCUGAAUGAGCUGCAGGUGAACCUGCCCCACGUGACGGCCAGCUUCUCCAUCUUCCAACCGUCCUCCUACCAUCUCAUGGUGAGCACCGCCUUCGGCCUCAGGCUGCAGGUCCAGCUCGUGCCCGUCAUGCAGCUCUUCGUGACGCUGGACCAGGCUGCCCAGGGGCGCGUGCAGGGUCUCUGCGGGAACUUCAACGGCCUGGAAGGGGAUGACUUUAAGACAGCGGGCGGGCUGGUGGAGGCCACGGGGGCUGGCUUCGCCAACACCUGGAAGGCCCAGUCGAGCUGCCAUGACAAGCUGAACUGGCUGGACGACCCCUGCUCCCUCAACAUCGAGAGCGCCAACUAUGCCGAGCACUGGUGUUCCCUGCUGAAGAAGACAGAGACCCCCUUUGGCAGGUGCCACUCAGCCGUGGACCCCUCGGACUAUUACAAGAGGUGCAAAUAUGACACGUGUAACUGCCAGAACAGCGAGGGCUGCAUGUGUGCUGCGCUGUCCUCCUACGCCCGCGCCUGCGCCACCAAGGGCGUCAUGCUGUGGGGCUGGCGGGAGCAAGUCUGCAACAAGGAUGUGGGCUCCUGCCCCAACUCACAGGUGUUCUUGUACAACCUGACCACCUGCCUGCCCACCUGCCGCUCGCUCUCUGAGGCCGACGCCCACUGCCUUCAGGGCUUCGCGCCCGUGGACGGCUGUGGCUGCCCAGACGGCACCUUCCUGGAUGAGAAGGGCCACUGCGUGCCACUGGCCAAGUGCUCCUGCUACCACCGGGGCCUCUACCUGGAGGCUGGGGAAGUGGUGCUGAGGCAGGAGGAACGCUGCGUCUGCCGCAACGGGAGGCUGCAGUGCGUGCGGGUCAGGCUGCUCGGCCAGAGCUGCUCGGCCCCAAAGAUCCACGUUGACUGCAGCAACCUGACAGCGCUGACCAUCCAGAACUUGCGGCCUACCAGCUGCCAGACGCUGGCUGCCGGCCACUAUCAGACCGAGUGUGUCAGCGGCUGUGUUUGCCCGGAAGGGCUGAUGGACGAUGGCCGUGGCGGCUGCGUUGUGGAGGAGGAGUGCCCGUGUGUGCACAACACAGACCUGUAUUCUCCUGGGGACAAGAUCAAGGUGGACUGCAACACGUGCACCUGCCAGAGAGGGCGCUGGACGUGCACCAAGUCGCUGUGCUACAGUUCCUGCUCCAUCUACGGGAGUGGCCACUACAUCACCUUUGAUGGGAAGUACUACGAUUUCGACGGACACUGCUCCUACGUGGCGGCUCAGGACUACUGUGGCCAGAACUCCUCCUCGGGCUCCUUCGGCAUCAUCACCGAGAACGUUCCCUGUGGCACCACGGGUGUCACUUGCUCCAAGGCCAUCAAAAUCUUCUUGGGGAGGACGGAGCUGAAGCUGGAGGACAAGCGCCGCCUGGUGAUCCAGCGGGACUCGGGCCACCACGUGGCCUACACCACCCGGGAGGUGGGCCAGUAUUUGGUGGUGGAGGCCAGCAUCGGCAUCAUCGUCAUCUGGGACAAGAAGACCACCAUCUUCAUCAAGCUGGCCCCGUCCUACAAGGGCACAGUGUGCGGGCUGUGUGGGAACUUUGACCACCGCUCCAGCAACGACUUCACCACGAGGGACCACAUGGUGGUGGACAGUGAGCUGGACUUCGGGAACAGCUGGAAGGAGGCCUCCACCUGUCCGGACGUGAGCGUCACCCCGGAUCCAUGCGCCCGGAACCCUCACCGCCUCUCCUGGGCCGAGAAGCAGUGCAGCAUCAUCAAGAGCUCUGUCUUUGGCAUCUGCCACAGCAAGGUGGACCCCAAGCCCUUCUACGAGGCCUGCGUCCACGAUUCGUGCUCUUGCGACACAGGCGGGGACUGUGAGUGCUUCUGCUCUGCCGUGGCCUCCUACGCUCAGGAGUGUACUAAGGAGGAGGCCUGCGUGUUCUGGAGGACACCAGACCUGUGCCCCAUAUUCUGUGACUACUACAACCCCCCGGACGAGUGUGAGUGGCACUAUGAGCCCUGUGGGAACCGCAGCUUUGAGACCUGCAGGACCAUCAACGGCAUCCACUCCAACAUCUCCGUGUCCUACCUGGAGGGCUGCUACCCCCAGUGCCCGAAGGACAGGCCCAUCUAUGAUGAGGACCUGAAGCUGUGCGUCACGGCGGACAAAUGUGGCUGCUAUGUCGGGGAUACUCGUUACCCACCUGGAGGAUCCGUUCCCACCAACGAGGACUGCCAGUCUUGUGUGUGUACCAACACCUCGAAAGUUGUCUGCUGGCCAGAAGAAGGGAAGAUUCUCAACUACACCCAGGACGGCUUCUUCUGCUACUGGGAGAUCUGUGGCCCCAACGGGACAGUGGAGAGAUACUUCAACAUCUGCACAACCUCAACCUCCCGGCCGCCCUCCACCACGAUCCCCGUUACCACCAGUACCCCCCUCACCACCACCACCACCACGCCGACCACCACGCCGACCACCACCAUCACUACCACUCCAACUACCACGCCGACCACCACCAUCACCACCACUCCAACCACCACGCCAACCACCACGCCGACCACCACCAUCACCACCACUCCGACCACCACGCCGACCACCACGCCGACCACCACCAUCACUACCACUCCAACCACCACGCCGACCACCACUCCGUCCACCACGCCAACCACCACCAUUACCACUACUCCGACCACCACGCCGACCACCACCAUCACCACCACUCCGACCACCACGCCGACCACCACGCCGACCACCACUCCGACUACCACACCAACCACCACCAUCACUACCACUCCAACCACCAUGCCAACCACCACCAUCACCACCACUCCAACCACCAUGCCGACUACCACGCCGACCACCACCACCACAGGCACACCAACCUCGACUCCCACCAUCACCACCACCACAGCCACAGAGACCCCAACCCCAAAACCUACUCCGACCACCACGACCACCUCGACGUCCACACCUACUCCAGAACCCCCGACCACCACCACCACCACGCCUACCCCAGGAUCAACCACCACAGGGCCAACAAUCUCUCCCUGUGUGCCUCACUGCAACUGGACGGGCUGGCUGGAUUCAGGUAAACCAAGCUUUACGAAACCGGGUGGAGACAUUGAAUCGAUUAAGGAUGUCUGUAAAGGAGGAUGGGCAGUCAACAUCUCCUGCAGAGCCACGCAGUUUCCCAACAUUCCCAUCGGAGAACUUGGGCAAAACGUGCUGUGUAACCUCUCUGUUGGGCUGGUGUGUAGAAAUGAAGACCAGAAUCCAGGGGGGAUCAUGCCGCAGCCCUUCUGCCUCAACUAUGCGAUCAAUGUCCAGUGCUGUAUAUUGCCUGACGAAUGUAUCUCCAAACCUUCUCCUACCACCACCCUGACCACCACCUCCACCAUCACCACCACCACGGGCACCCCGACCCCAACCCCCACCAUCACCACCACCACAGGCACCCCGACCUCGACACCCACCAUCACCACCACCACAGGCACAGAGACCCCAACACCCACCAUGACCACCUCUCCAACCACCACCAUGACCACCACUCCAACCACCACCACCACGGGCACUCUGACCCCGACCCCCACCAUCACCACCACUCCUACCACCACCAGCACAGGCACCCCAACCCCAACCCCCACCAUCAGCCCUACCACGGGCACUGAGACCCCGACCCCCACCAUCACCACCACUCCAAGCACCACCACUUCUACCACCACUACCACGGGCACUGAGACCCCGACCCCCACCAUCACCACCACUCCAAGCACCACCACUUCUACCACCACUACCACGGGCACACCAACUCCGACCCCCACCAUCACCACCACUCCAAGCACCACCACUUCUACCACCACCACGGGCACACCAACUCCGACCCCCACCAUCACCGCCACUCCGAGCACCACCACUUCUACCACCACCACGGGCACACCAACUCCGACCCCCACCAUCACCACCACUCCGAGCACCACCUCAACCACAACCACCAUGGGAACUACAACCCCAACCCCCACAAUCAGCACUACCACGGGCACUGAGACCCCGACCCCCACCAUCACCACCCCUCCGAGCACCACCUCGACCACAACCACCACAGGAACCACAACCAUCACGGGCACACCAACUCCGACCCCCACCAUCACCACCACUCCGAGCACCACCUUGACCACAACCACCACAGGAACCACAACCCCAACCCCCACCAUCAGCACUACCACGGCCACUGAGACCCCGACCCCCACCAUCACCACCACUCCAAGUACCACCACUUCUACCACCACCACAGGCACACCAACUCCGACCCCCACCAUCACCACCACUCCGAGCACCACCUCGACCACAACCACCACAGGAACCACAACCCCAACGCCACCCAUCACCACCACUCCGAGCACCACCAGUUCUACCACCACCACCACAGGAACCCCAACCUCAACCCCGACCAUCAGCACUACCACGGGCACUGAGACCCUGACCCCCACCAUCACCACCACUCCAAGCACCACCACGACCACCACCACCAUGGGCACACCAACUCCGACCCCCACCAUCACCACCACUCCGAGCACCACCUCGACCACAACCACCACAGGAACCACAACCCCAACCCCGACCAUCACUACCACGGGCACUGAGACCCCGACCCCCACCAUCACCACCACUCCGAGCACCACCACUUCUACCACCACCACCACAGGAACCACAACUCCAACCCCGACCAUCAGCACUACCACGGGCACUGAGACCCCGAUCCCCACCAUCACCGCCACUCCGAGCACCACCACUUCUACCACCACCACGGGCACACCAACUCCGACCCCCACCAUUACCACCACUCCGAGCACCACCUCGACCACAACCACCACAGGAACCACAACCCCAAUUCCAACCAUCAGCACUACCACGGGCACUGAGACCCCGACCCCCACCAUCACCACCACCACUUCUACCACCACCACGGGCACACCAACUCCGACCCCCACCAUCACCACCACUCUAAGCACCACCUCGACCACAACCACCACAGGAACCACAACCCCAACCCCUACCAUCAGCACUACCAUGGGCACUGAGACCCCGACCCCCACCAUCACCACCACUCCGAGCACCACCUUGACCACAACCACCACAGGAACCACAACUCCAACCCCGACCAUCAGCACUACCACGGGCACUGAGACCCCGACCCCAACCCUGACCGCCACGACGACGACCACCACCACGAGCACCCCGACCAUCACCACUACCACGGGCACUGAACCUGCAGGAACCUCCACACCGCCCACGCCAUCCAGGCCACAGACCACCAGCACCACGACCUCCCAUGUGCCCACCCCUACACUGACCCCGAUCUCCACCCCCAACCUCACCAUAAGCACAGUCUCAGUCAUCUCUUCCAGUCAGGUCAUCUGCUGCGUUUUGAACGACACCUACUACACACCAGGUGAGAUGAUGUACAAUGGCACGCACGGGGACACCUGCUAUUAUGUGAACUGCUCAUUGUCCUGCACCAUGGAGAUUUUCAACUGGUCGUGCCCAUCCACACCCUCCCCAACACCCAGCCCUUCCAAGCCGACACCUGCUUCAACACCCAAACCACCCACGCCCACAGCAUCGAGCACACCGGCCACCACCAAGCCCCCUGCGUGCCCAGACUUUGAUCCUCCCAGACAGGAGAACGAGACGUGGUGGCUGUGUAACUGCACCAUGGCGAUUUGCAAGUACAACAACACGGUGGAGCUCGUGGAGAUGGAGUGUGAGGUCCCGCCCAAGCCCACCUGCUCCAAUGGCCUCCAGCCCGUGCUCAUCAAGGGUCCCCACGACUGCUGCCCGCACUGGGAGUGCGACUGUUACUGCACCGGCUGGGGGGACCCACACUACGUCACGUUCGACGGGCUGUACUACAGCUACCAGGGCAACUGCACAUACGUGCUGGUGGAGAGGGCCACCCGCAUGCCGGACGACUUCGGGGUCUACAUCGACAACUACCACUGUGACGUCAACGACCAGGUGUCCUGCCCCCGCACACUCAUCGUGCGUUACGAGUCCCAGGAGGUGCUGAUCAAGACGCUGCAGAUGAUGCCCAUCAAGGUUCAGGUGCAGGUCAACAGGCAGGUGGUGGCCCUGCCCUACACAAAGAAUGAGCUGCACGUGUACCAAUCCGGCAUCAGCUACGUGGCGGAAAUCUCCAAGCUGGGCGCCCUCAUCUCCUACAAUGGACUUUCCUUCUCCAUCAGGUUGCCCUACCACCUGUUUGGCAACAACACCAAGGGCCAGUGUGGCACGUGCACCAACAACACUGUGGAUGACUGUGUGCUACCCAGUGGGGAGGUCGUUUCCAGCUGCGAGUUCGCAGCUGAUCAGUGGACGGUGAACGACCCCUCCAAGCCACACUGUCCCCAAACCAGAGUCACCACCAAGAGACCGACCAUCACGCCGCUGGGGGGCAACACCACCUCCCACAAGGACUGCGCCUCUCCUCUCUGCGAGCUCAUAAAAGACAGCUUGUUUGCCCCGUGCCAUGCCUUGGUACCCCCCCAGCACUACUACGAAGCCUGCAUGUUCGACAGCUGCCUUGUGCCUGACACAGGCCUGGAGUGUGCCAGCCUGCAGACCUAUGCCACCAUCUGUGCCCAGGCGAACAUCUGCAUCGACUGGCGGAACCACACCCAUGGGGUCUGCUCGAUGACGUGCCCACCUCACAGGGAGUACCGGGCCUGUGGUCCUGCAGACGAGCCCUCCUGCGAGUCUAGCUUAGUCGCCCAGAGGAGCACUGGCCUGGUGGAAGGCUGCUUCUGCCCCGAGGGCACCACGAACUACGCCCCAGGAUUCGACGUCUGUGUGGACUUGUGUGGCUGUGUGGGACCUGACGAUGUGCCUAGAAAGUUCGGGGAGCACUUUCAGUUUGACUGCAAGGACUGCGUGUGCCUGGAGGGCGGGCGCGGCAUCAUCUGCCAACCCAAGGAGUGCCGCCAGGAGCCGGUCACCUGCACGGAGGAAGGCACCUACCUGGUCACGGAGGUCAACCCCGCGGACACGUGCUGUAACAUCACGACCUGCAAGUGCAAUACCAGCCUGUGCGAGGGGUUGCCGCCCCAGUGCCCGCUGGGCUUCGAAGUGAGGAGCGAGACCAGUCCUGGGAAGUGCUGUCCGUCUUACUCUUGUGCGCCCAAGGGUGUGUGCGUGCACGGGAAUGCUGAGUACCAGCCCGGGUCCCCAGUGUAUUCCUCCAAGUGCCAGGACUGUGUCUGCACCAGCGACAGGAAUAGCAGCUCACAGCUCAACGUCAUCUCCUGCACCCAUGUGCCCUGCGAUAACUCCUGUAGCCCCGGCUUCGAGCUGGUGGACGUCCCUGGGGAGUGCUGUGGCAAGUGUCAGCAGACCCACUGCAUCAUCAAAAGACCCAGCACGGAGAACAUCAUCCUAAAGCCCGGGGGCAUGAGUCACGACCCCACGAACAAUUGCACCUUCUUCAGCUGUGUGAAAAUCCACAACCAGCUCAUCUCCUCCGUCUCCAACAUCACCUGCCCUGACUUUGACCCCAGCAUCUGCCUGCCCGGCUCCAUCACACUCAUGCCCAAUGGAUGCUGCCGGAAAUGCAUCCCUCGCAAUGAGACCAGGAUCCACUGUUCCACCGUCCCCAUUACCAAGGAAAUUUCUUACUCCGGCUGCACCAAGAAAGUCACAAUGAAUUCCUGCUCUGGGUCCUGUGGGACCUUUGUCAUGUACUCGGCGGAGGCCCAGGCCCUGGACUACCAGUGCUCUUGCUGUAAGGAGGAGCGCACCAGCCAGCGAGAGGUGCAGCUGAGCUGCCCUGACGGCCGCUCCCUGAGGCACACUUACACCCACAUCGAGAGCUGCCUGUGUCAGGACACCGUGUGUGAGCUCCCGCGGGCCCCGCACCCCCUCCCUCCCCGUGCCCGGCGCGCCAGCCCCCGGGGCCUGCCCCCGGGGAGGGAUUGA